AUGGAGCCCUUGUCUCCAACGAAACGGGUUCUCAGAGCCACGUAUUCAAAGUUGCUGAGUGUGGUAAACAGGAACCCGAACAAGAAGCAGCUGGCGAUCGAUGACCACUGCGACUUUUUGUCGGCGACCGUGAAGGAGAUUGCGGCACCUUGCGCAGACGUUCCCGAAGGUGAACUGUACAAGAAGGUGUCCUUUGUCCUUCAGGUGGCCUCCGAGUUGAUCAACCCGACUGGUAAAACCCGAUGGCAG